CUGUGUGUUUCACAAAGAAUUGAAUGAGAGAGUGUGAGUGGAUUCUGUGGGCAGAUUAAUCAAUAGUAGGCAGUAGUGUCCUUGGUAAAAGAAUGAUCUUGUUCAUAAAAAGCAGAGGAUUUUGGAUGCUUUCUUUUCAUAGACAGCAUUCAUGUGUGCUACCUCUUUUCUUAUAUGCUCUUCAGUUCUGCAGUGCAGUGAUAACAUGGCCAUAUGUGUCCAGAGCCCAGGAGGAUAAGUGUCCUGGCCCUGACUGGAACGCCAUGUGUCGCUCCUGCUGUGAGUAUGAGCUGAUCCGCUGUACGUGUCCAUCUCAGAGGACACGGGUGGGCUAUGCUGUGCCCUGCUGCCGUAACGACAUCCAUCAGUGUGACCCCUGCAUCAUCCACCAGGGCUGCAGUGUGUUUGAUAAUUGUAAGAAAUGUAAUAAUGGCACGUGGCAGGCAAAGGAUGAUUUCUACAUCAGUGGAAUGUACUGCACGGAGUGUCGUCAGGGAUGGUCUGGAGGGGACUGUCUCAGUGAGUGUCCUGUUCCAGCACAGAUUUCAAUGCUAGAUUUCAAGGGCUUUGCUUACAGUCAACAAGUUAUGAUUUUUUUUAAAAUAAGAUUUUUCUUGUCUUUGCGUAUGUGUGUUCAUGUUGCUGUUUUUCCUUCAGCUUGUGGGGAAGUAAUACGGAGGCCUCAAGGUCAUGUGACCUUGGAGAGUUAUCCAAUCAAUGCCAAAUGUGAAUGGACGCUGCAUGUCGGCAGAGGGUUGGCCAUGGAAUUCAGGCAAUUCCCUUUUUACCUAAAGCUCACUUAUUACAGAACAAAUUUGUUGCUGAAUGUAAUGUUUUUCAUCUCUUGCAGGUUUACCCGGCUUAAUCUGGAGUUUGAUUACAGGUGUCGCUAUGACUUUGUAGAGCUCAGAGAUGGUGACAGCAUUCACUCACCUCUGAUUGGCCGAUACUGUGGAGACAAAAUCCCGCCACCAAUCAGGAGCUCAGGAAACUCGCUACAUAUCCAUUUUGUGUCAGAUGGCUAUAAUAAUUAUGAUGGUUUCUCAGCUACGUUUCAGGAACUCUCAGUGUGCAGCCUCAAUCCAUGUAUGAAUGGUGGUAUUUGUUCAUUGGAUACAGUUAAAACUUUCCGCUGUGCUUGCCAAGCAGGUUUCACAGGCCUACAGUGUGAGAACAAAUCUGGCUGUGUAACCCCUCAAAAGCCUGCUCAUGGAGACCACUUCCUGCUGUAUGAGAAUGGAGCCAUCGCCACUGGAGUUCAGUACCUGUGCUAUAAACCUUACAAGCUCAGAGGAGUCUCACGGAGGAUGUGCCUGUCCAACGGCACCUGGAGUGGGACUGCUCCCACAUGCAUCAAAGACAGAGAUGCCAUUAGGAAACAAUGUCCCCUGUUAUCACAAUUACAUCAUGGAUACUCCUUAAAAGUUAUUGGCUCAGAUGGUACAGUCAGGAGCAUGGAAUUUUUCUGCAAUAAUUCUUAUGUUCUCAGUGGAAACUCCAAAAGAACAUGCCAGCUCGAUGGCACCUGGAGUGGCGGGCAGCCACAGUGUAUUAAAGCUUGUCGGGAACCAAAGAUUUCAAAGCUAGUGCGUCAGAAUGUCUUGAAACCCCAACUUUCUUCAAGAAAGAGUCCAGUACACAGGCUGUACUCCUCUCUCCAGCCUCAUGAAGGAGAAAGCAGCAGCAAUAUAGAGACAGCACAGGGUGAAUUACCCACUGGUUUCCACCACCUCUACACAAGCAUUGAGUAUGAGUGCAUCUCUCCUCUGUACCAGUAUUCUGGAAGUGCACGCCGUACAUGUCUAAAAACUGGGAAGUGGAGUGGACGCCAUGUUACCUGUUUACCAGUCUGUGGUAAGCUCUCAUCCAAACCUCAGAGCUUGGCACAAACCCACUGGCCGUGGCAUGCAGCCAUAUACCACCAUCUCCCUGACCACACCAGUCCCAUUAUAGAGAAGACCAACAGACGAGGGGACAUGUUUUCUGAAGAUGACUAUGACUACUGGCAGGAGAAGAGCAUAGAGGAGACAUGGCAUCUGGUGUGCAGUGGUGCUUUGGUGAGCCAGCAUGCUGUCCUGGUGCCAGCACACUGUGUAACUGAGCCUGGAAAGUCACUCCCUUACAACAUGGCUGAUCUAAAAGUAGUGCUGGGAAAGAACAAGAGGCUUCAGCACGUGAUGGUCUCAGAGAUCCUGGUUCAUCCCAGCUAUGAUUCUGCUGGAUUUGACUCAGACCUAGCUAUACUGAAGCUGGUGGAGAAGGCAAGGAUCAGUGAGUUUGUUUCCCCUGUGUGCUUGCCACGUCUUCAGGGAGGGGAGCUAACUGUGAACCAGGCCUACAUCACUGGCUGGUCUGUAGCAAGAAAGCAUGAAACACAUUCUCAAAUGGCUCAGACUGGAAUGAUUGAACUAACCGAUGUGUUGCAGUGUGAAAGACAGCAUGCUAAACAAGGGCUUCCCAGUAGCAUUACUGAUAAUAUGUUGUGUGGGAGGCAACAUCCUAUCAGUUCCAGUACAGUCUGUCCUGCAAGAUCAGGGGGAAUCAUACUUGUACCUACUGUGCCACAGGACAGGAGAGCAGAGGAAAGUGUCUCUGAGUCUAUCUGGGAAUUGCUGGGCUUGGUGAGCUUUGGCUACAAUCUUCAAAACUGUAAUCCACGCUUGUACACUGUAUACACACGAGUGGUCAACUUUAAGAACUGGAUUGAGAAUAACAUAAAGUAAUAUUAUUUGACAAAUCAAGUUAUGGACAACAGUGAUGAAAUUGACUGAGUAUACAUAGAAUGAUUGACAAGUUAUGAACUGCUUUGGUUAGCUGACAUUGAGAGGUUUCCAGAAGGCGGUGGAAGCAGAGGAAAGACGGUGCUGUCCAAGCAAGUCUUUAAAGUCUUUAUACAAUAUCAUAUUUUUGAUAGAUAGAUAGAUAGAUAGAUAGAUAGAUAGAUAGAUAGAUAGAUAGAUAGAUAGAUAGAUAGACCUCCACUAAUAUUGCCACCCUUGGUGAAUAUGAGCAAAGAAGGCUGUGAAAAAAAUUGUCCUUAUUGUUUAACCUUUUGAUCUUUUGUUAAAAAAAAUCACUUAAUACUCCAAUCUCAAGGAUAUCAAACAAUUGCAAACACAACACACUUUUAUCUAAAAAAAUCUUUGUUAAAUAUAGGUGUGCAACAAUUACAACAAUUACUGGCAAUUACAUAAUUACUCAAAUAUGAAUUCAUAGUUAUCACUGAUAAUUAUUUAUUAGUACACCUGGGUGACUUGGAACAGGAAAUUGUUCAACCAUGACUUCCUAUUUCACAAGGGUAUAAAUAUGAGGUAUGACAUAGGCCAAAUUCUCUUAGUCAUUCAUAACAAUGGGUAAGACCAAGGAAUAUAGCUGUGAUGUGCAGCAAAAGGUUGUUGAGCUUCACAAAAUAAGUGGUUAUAAGAAAAUAGCACAAGCAUUGAGAAUGCCCAUUUCCACCAUCAGGACAAUAAUUAAGAAGUUCCAGCCAACUGGAAAUGUUAUGAAUCAACCUGGAAUUGGACAGGUGUCUAUAUUGUCUCAGUGAACUGUGAAAAGAAUGGUCCGAUUGGCCAAAAAAUCUCCAAGGAUCACAGCUGGAGAAUUGCAGCUGGAGAAUUGCAGAAGUUAGUUGCAUCUUGGGGUCAGAAAGUCUCCAAAACUACAAUCCAAAGUCACCUACAUCACCACAAGUUGUUUGGAAGGGUUUCAAGAAAAAAGCCUUCAGUUUGCCAGAUCCUACUGGAACUUCAGAUCAGGUUCUAUGGUCGAAACCAAAAUAGAGCUUUUUGGCAAUAAACACCAGAGGUGGUUUUGAUGCACACACAGAGAGGUAGUCAUAUGGGAAAGCACCUCAUGCCCAUGGUUAAAUAUGUUGGUGGCUCUUUAGUGUUUUGGGGCUGUUUUUCUGCUAGAGGACCUGGACAUUUUGUGAGAUACAUUGCAUCAUGGACUCUAUCAAAUAUCAACAGAUAUUAAAUGAAAACCCGACUGCCUCUGCCAGAAAGCUUAAAAUGGGCUGUGGUUGAAUCUUCCAGCAGGACAUUGAUCCAAAACAUACAUCAAAAUCAACACAAAAAUGGUUUACUGACCACAAAAUCAAGGUGGGUGCCAUGACCACCCCAAUCCCCUGAUUUGAAAUCCAUAGGAAACCUGUGGGCUGAACUGAAGAGGAGAGUCCACCAGCAUGGACCUCGAAUUUUUGGAGGGCCUGGAGAGAUUCUGUAUGGAGGAAUGGUCUCAGAUCCUAUGCCAUGUAUUCUCCAACCUCAUCAGCUAUUAUAUCAGAGCUGUAGCACAAAGUAUUGACGUAAAGGGGGCAAAUAAUUGUCACACACCUAUGUUUAACAAAGAUUUUUUUUGAUAAACUUGUGUCUUUUUUGCAAUUGUUUAUCCAUGAGAUCAGAGCAUUUUUGUGAUUUUUUUUUUUAAACAAAAGAUCAAACAAAAACAAAACCAAAAAGGUUAAACAAUAAAGACAAUUUUUCACAGCCUUCUUUGCUCAUAUUUACCAAGGGUGCCAAUAUUAUUGGAGGGCACUGUAUAUAUAUUUGUUUUUACAGAUUUCCAUGUUGUCUUUAGGCAAAGUAUGACACUCAUAAUACAUUCCUUAGCACAAUCAUAAAUCUUCAGGGCAUCAGUGAAAGCCUGUUGUCAAGAUAUGAUACUGUGUCUUGCAAAACUUGUUUGUACCUUUACAUGCACAGACCAGAUUUUUUUUUCUCUGAUUGAGGCCAUUUUUAUAUAUAACACUCAUAUUUAACUGGUUUAAACCCCUAUAGUUUCAGUAGCAUUUCAGUAGUGUUACAUUGGCAUCCACUGCCCAUUGGAUCAGAUCUCAGGUUCUUGAUAUAUUUUAAAGGCAUAUGUGUUUGCCAGAGGUCUAUAAACACAUGCUUGGUCUCUGUGUAUGAUCGAUACUGAUGAUACUUAUAUGUCUCAAUAAACAUCUUACUUUUAUUUAA